UGAACAUUUCGUAUAACGAAUGGAUUCGUCAAGGCUAGUACGGCGAUGACGUGGCCAGUCGAAAUGCGAGCAGCUCGUCUCUUGGGCUACCGGCUCAAGAUUGGUCUGGUGGUUAUUAUCAUCAUGGUUCUUGGGUUCUUCAAUGAGAGUCAAGGUACCGCACAUUACGGCGAGGAUAGCGUCGGCUCGUUUCCAUACUUCGAGUACAAUGUCCCCAGAAAUGUGACAACAGUGGUUGGACAGACUGCCUUCCUGCAUUGCAGGGUUGAACAGCUUGGUGACAAGGCGGUCUCGUGGAUAAGGAAAAGGGAUCUUCAUAUUUUGACAGCUGGAAUUUUAACGUAUACAUCCGAUCAAAGAUUUCAAGUUAUCAGACCAGACAAAUCAGAGAACUGGACGCUGCAAAUCAAAUUUCCACAAGAACGAGACGCUGGUAUCUACGAAUGUCAAGUUAACACGGAGCCGAAGAUGUCUUUGGCGUUUCAACUAAAUGUUGUCGAAGCGAAAGCAAAGGUCCUUGGUCCGGCGGACUUGUACGUGAAGACAGGAAGUUUGCUGUCGUUAACCUGCAUCCUGAGUCAAGGUCCUCAUGAUCUGGGGACGAUAUUUUGGUAUAAGGGAUCAAAAUUAAUAGAAUAUAAGGAAGUAGAUGCGAAUGAAAUUGUGGAAGAGCCAAGAAUCAGGCUUAGAACAGAAUGGACGGAGCAGCUCACGUCUCGUCUGACGAUCGACAAACUUUUGCCGACUGACAGCGGGAACUACAGCUGCGUGCCAACAAUGGCUGAAGCUGCUUCUGUGAAUGUUCACGUUAUAAACGGUGAGCACCCAGCAGCAAUGCAACACGGAAACGCGAACACUGCGUCACCGUGUGCCCUAUCCGUUAACUUAGUAAUUUCAUUAUAUUGCACCCUCGCGACGAUUUACACCAGCACCGUUGACGGCUUCAGAUGAAAAUUACACAAAA